AUCUGGUUUGCUACAUUAAAUUCAUAUAUGACCGUAUUUGAGAAAAGGUUCAUAUUUCAGAGGCCCCUAGCUGUCUCCCAAUAUUUGUUUCACCGUCUUCCACAGUAAUGGAAUUCUCUCCAGCGACAUGAUUAUCUAGAGUUUAAAAACUACAUUUCCCAAGCUCCCUUGCAGCUGUGUAUGGCCAUGUAGCCAAGUUCUGACCAAUGAGAAGUGAGUGGAAGUGGCGUAUGCAACUUUCAGUUUGCGCUUUUAGAGGGAGGGGCAAGAUUUUCUUCCGGAAUAUUUCCUCUUUCUGGCUAACUGGGAUGGAAAUAUGGGGAUAGCAAGAGCAACAACUUAGGAAGGAGCAGCAGCAACAUGGAAGGAGCCUGGGCCUUUGAUAUCAGUGAACUACCUGAUGAGCUCUCGGUUGCUUAUGCAGAGCCAUUAAGUGUCUCAGAGCUCAGCAUCCUAGAACACUUUGAGCAAGAUGUCAGUCCUGGGGUGCCAACCUCAUCCAUCUCCAUUUGUCCAAAAUUGGUGACCCAGAGGACAGGUGCAACCCUGGAAGCUCCAAACAUCAGAGCCUGUCCUGUGGCCAUCUAGGGCCCCUCACAGGGUCUGGCUGAGGCUCACACAGGACCAAUAUCACACCUGCCUUAUGCUCAUGUCAGAGCCUACUGUGACCAACCUCAGACCCUAGAUGGUGCCACUCUUAUGCCCUCCUGAAGCAGGACACUCUUAUGUCCUGAAUGACACCUGAGACAACACACAGAGCCCUCUCGGCACCAAACAUGACUUUAAUAUUCUCCUGGUGUCAAGUUCAGUGCCAACUUCUUUCCCAUCCUCGCGUAUACCUGGGGGCAGUCCCAAAGCCAGCACGAUGCCUCCCCUCUCUGGCCGUACCUGAUGCAGAUAUCAGAACCCGCUAGUGUCAUCCCUGUGUCCACUGCUGAUGCCAGUCUCAGCACCCAUCUCCUGCUAAGCCUGGCCUGCUCUUGAAUCCCAAGAUGAUCUAGGCCAGAAAAUGAAGGGGGACGAGGAGAGAGUUCACAUCCCAGCUCCCUCACUUACUCCCUGUGUGACCUCACUCAAGAGGAUUUAUGGAGUCUAGAUCUGCUCGUCUUCAAAAUGAGGAUGAUGAUGAACCAACCUCAUUGUUACAAAGAUUCAACCAGGUCAUACACACCUAGACUUGAUCUUCCCAUAUGCGACCGUGCUCACCAAAGGGCAGUAUAAAGGUAAACCACCCCAGCCAUCACCAUCUAUCAUCCCACUGCCACCAUGCUGGCCUCAGGGCUGCUCCUGGUGGCCUUGCUGGCCUGCCUGACUGUGAUGGUCUUGAUGUCUGUCUGGCAGCAGAGGAACAGCAAGGGGAAGCUGCCUCCGGGACCCAUCCCAUUGCCCUUCAUUGGAAACUACCUGCAGCUGAACACAGAGCAGAUGUGCACCUCCCUCAUGAAGAUCAGUGAGCGCUAUGGCCCCGUGUUCACCAUUCACCUGGGGCCCCGGCGGGUCGUGGUGCUGUGCGGACAUGAUGCCGUCAGGGAGGCUCUGGUGGACCAGGCUGAGGAGUUCAGCGGGCGAGGCGAGCAGGCCACCUUCGACUGGCUCUUCAAAGGCUAUGGCGUGGCGUUCAGCAACGGGGAGCGCGCCAAGCAGCUCCGGCGCUUCUCCAUCGCCACCCUGCGGGACUUCGGCGUGGGCAAGCGCGGCAUCGAGGAGCGCAUCCAGGAGGAGGCGGGCUUCCUCAUCGAGGCCCUCCGGGGCACGCACGGCGCCAAUAUCGAUCCCACCUUCUUCCUGAGCCGAACCGUCUCCAAUGUCAUCAGCUCCAUUGUCUUUGGGGACCGCUUUGACUAUGAGGACAAAGAGUUCCUGUCACUGCUGCGCAUGAUGCUGGGAAGCUUCCAGUUCACGGCAACCUCCACCGGGCAGCUCUAUGAGAUGUUCUCUUCGGUGAUGAAACACCUGCCAGGACCACAGCAACAGGCCUUUAAGGAGCUGCAGGGGCUGGAGGACUUCAUAGCCAAGAAGGUGGAGCACAACCAGCACACGCUGGAUCCCAAUUCCCCACGGGACUUCAUCGACUCCUUUCUGAUCCGCAUGCAGGAGGAGGAGAAGAAACCCAACACGGAGUUCUACAUGAAGAACCUGGUGCUGACCACGCUGAAUCUUUUCUUUGCGGGCACCGAGACCGUCAGCACCACCCUGCGCUACGGCUUCCUGCUGCUCAUGAAACACCCAGAGGUGGAGGCCAAGGUCCAUGAGGAGAUUGACAGAGUGAUCGGCAAGAACCGGCAGCCCAAGUUUGAGGACCGGGUCAAGAUGCCCUACACGGAGGCAGUGAUCCACGAGAUCCAAAGAUUUGGAGAUGUGAUCCCCAUGAGUUUGGCCCACAGGGUCAUCAGGGACACCAAGUUUCGGGAUUUCUUCCUCCCUAAGGGCACCGAAGUGUUCCCUAUGCUGGGCUCCGUGCUGAAAGACCCCAAGUUCUUCUCCAACCCCCAGGACUUCAACCCCCAGCACUUCCUGGAUGAGAAGGGGCAGUUUAAGAAGAGUGAUGCUUUUGUGCCCUUUUCCAUCGGAAAGCGGAACUGUUUCGGAGAAGGCCUGGCCAGAAUGGAGCUCUUUCUCUUCCUCACCACCAUCAUGCAGAACUUUCGUUUCGAGUCCCCCCAGUCGCCUAAGGACAUCGAUGUGUCCCCCAAACACGUGGGCUUUGCCACGAUCCCACGAAACUACACCAUGAGCUUCCUGCCCCGCUGAGGGAGGGCUGUGCUGGUGCACAGCUGGUGGGCGGGGCCCGGGAAAGGGCGGGGGCAGGGGCGGGGCUAAGAAUGGGGGCAGGAUGGGGGAAAGGAAGGGGCGACGUGGUUAGAGGGAAGAGAAGAAACAGAAGGGGCUCAGUUGACCUUGAUGAUGUCCUUCAGAGCUGGGAUGAGAGGAAGGGAAACCUUACAGUAUGCUAUGAAGAGUAGUAAUAAUAGUAUCUCUUAUUUCCUGAA